AUGGCCAACAACAAGAAGACAGGUUUAACGAAGACUAUGAGCAGCAAUAUUCCAAGGGCUAAAAUCAACCCGGUCAAAGUGGUCCUGCCACCUGUUGUUCGUCGUCAUCCAGCAUCACUACUUCCGAAAGAUAUGCAUGAUCCCGCUUUGCUCCAGUUGAUCCGUCAGCCUGUGUCCCAGGCAAUGAUCUCGUACAUUGCCAAAGUUGCUGUGGGAGUGAUCCAAUGCCAAUCAGGUCCUAAUGAUCCGAUGCUUUCCCCGCCAUCGACCCCAAAUACGAGUGAUGAUGAUGAAUCAGAUGACGAUGAGUAUGAAGAAAAGAGGGAACCCAGACAUGGCACAAUUGCUCAGAUUCCAGAACCGGUGCUGCAACAGGAAGUGAUUUUGGAUUUACCGUCAUUGGAGACCUUUAUUCAAUUAGUUGUAGAAAAAUCUCAUGUUCAAGCUCCCACAUUACUAUGCACGAUCGUUUAUCUUCAAAGAUUGAGAGCCAAGUUACCAAGGAUCGCCAAAGUAUUUGAAUGA